GAUGCGCGCGGCGCGCAGUUAGUGUGUCACUAGAGUCGGCGCGAGAGGUGGCCUGCAAGGACUGAGCCGCGCCGCCGACUUUUUUUUGUGCGUGCGAUGUUUUCACUUUCGUCAUUUUGACCGGGCCAGUUUGAUUUGACGUCGCUCGCGCACGGACGUGCCUCGGGAUCGGACGGUGAUCGUCCUGUGUUCGGUGCUCCAGGAUCGUUUGGAUUUUUAUUUUCUGUGAGGAAUAUGGCUGUGAUACAGUGCUAAUAUGUUCGAUAGCAACCUACUUUUGAAUUUCUACAAUGAGAUUGCGCAUAGAAGUCUACAGUUGGCAAGUGCUGGAAUGAUGGGCGAGGGCCUGCUGACUCUCACGUACGGCAAGCACCACGCCUGCAUCUUGAACGAGGUGGGCGCGGCGUGGCGCGGCGCGCGCUACUCCGACCUCGUGUUGGUCUGCGACGACGCUGUGCCGCUGGCCGCGCACCGCAUCGUCAUGGCCGCGGCCAGCCCGCUCAUCAGGAAAAUCCUCGACGACACGCCGGCCACGGAGAGCCCCGUCACCAUCCACAUGUCGGGCAUCAACAGCACGCUGAUGAGGCAUCUCCUCGUGUUCCUAUACAGCGGCCAGGCCUACAUUGAAUCCGGAGAAAUAGAUGACAUGCAAGAACUGUUCGAGCUACUAGAAAUCAAGUCAGACGUUUGGAAAUCGACAAAGGAACGCCAGCAAGCGGAAGAACGGAACAGAUCUUGCGACAGACAAAAAGCGAAAACCCUCAAAACGGACAUCAACAGCAAUGAAAGCAGUAAACACGACGCACCCUCAGGCUCUUCUCAUUCAGAAAGCGACCGAGUCACACCAAGCGCAGGCUUCAGCAAAGACAAAGAAGAAUUAAGUAUAAAGAAAGAGAACUCUAGUAGUAAUGAUGAGAGGGAUGAUGAGGAGGUUGAGGAUAAGGAGUGCGGGCGGCUGGCGGGGCGGCGGAGAAGCUCGUCCAACCCGGUCAACCUGUCGGUGGCCAGGACCUCGGAGAACGCGGGCAGUGAGCACGAGGACUCGCAGGAUGUGGACGUGGAAACAGUCGCAGCGAAGAACGUUAAUAGAAGAAGAUCUACUUCAUCCAGUCAAGAAGAUCCACCGCCUGAAACCAUGUACAGAAGACAGUUACUUAGUGAUCGAUUAGGCCGAGGAAUAGAGAGAGCGAAGCGGAAGUCACACUAUAUAGAACCUCCAGAGCUCGAUUUACGGACUGUAAAACUAGAAGAUUACGCGCAUCUUAAACCUCCUGACGCAGAUCUGAUGUCACUCGUGCAGACUUCACCGGAAAAUUAUGUUGUAACACCUCAUCGGAAACGACGACCCGGCUUCCAUAACUCUCCUUCUCAGAAUCCUCCGUUCGUUUCAUUUCCACCAAGUUACUUAGAAGAGAUGGCGCAUCUGCGGUAUACGCAAGGACCGGGCAGUGUGGCUGCAGUAGCUGCCGGAGCUCGUCUCGGGGCGCUGCACCCGCUCAGUGCGUCCGCGCCGCCCUACCUUCCCGAAAGGAGCGUGACGCCUCCCGCGGGAGCGCAUGAUGACGGCCUAAAAUACCGACCUCCCAGCGCAGGUUCGUGGGGACCCUGGCUCUGUCAGCCUCAAAUGGGUGGCGACGAACCUCCCUCGGCGGAGCACGAACAAGGCUCCAGCAAACAAGCGCCAGUUCGGGAGUACCGCUGUGAGUAUUGCGGCAAACAAUUCGGCAUGUCGUGGAAUCUCAAGACUCACCUCCGAGUCCACACAGGCGAGAAGCCUUUCGCCUGCCGGCUCUGCGUGGCCAUGUUCAAGCAGAAAGCGCACCUGCUGAAGCACUUGUGUUCGGUCCAUCGUAACGUGAUAUCGUCGAGCGACAACGACGGCCGGACCAACACACCCGGCCGCUUCAACUGCUGCUUCUGCCAGCUGACGUUUGAGGCGUUACCGGAACUCAUCAGACACUUGUCGGGCCCGCACAAUAGCUUGCUCCUCAGCAAGAACCUGCACGAAUGACGCACGCCCGCCUGACGCGUGCCUACGCGUGUCCAUGGACUUUAAAACUUUCUCUCGAUGCGAGAGUUCAAUUGUGAUAUGUGUUUAAGAAGGUUAUACAUAAUUAUAGGUGUAAGUAAGACAUGUGAUGUCGCAGAGCGAUACUCAUGAAGCAUUCGCAGGAGAAGGUCGCUGCGGGUGUGAUGCUGGUGUAAAUGUUUAAUAAAUCACAUGUUUGUCGCAUGGGUCCAAAUUUUUAUAAUUUGUUUAAAAAUUAUAAACCGGGACCAAUACCUUCCGAGAUAGUAUUUAUUUGAAAGAUGUAUUUCAUUAGCGUAAAGUUAUUUAAAAGCCACCGACACAUUAAUUUCUUAAGAAUAGAAAAUAGACACGUAUGUCAACGGAAAGUUGCGAAGUGUGAAAGGCCUAAAGUAACGUGAACUACCUCCUAAUUUAAAUCUGUAAUCGAAGAGACCGUGGUGACGUUGAAAAGUGUUUAUCAUUGACUCGAUGACGUCGUCUGCCGCUCCGCCGGUCAAUGAUUCUAGUCAGAAUUGGAACUAAGAAUUAGUCAAUCAGAGUCAAGGUUACUCACUUUUAUUGGAAUAUUUUGUACCUGUCAACAAAAUGUAGGUAGGUUAAACAUUAAAAACUUUCGAAUCCCAAGGCCUAUUGAAUAGGUAUGUAUCGCUUCUGUAAAGCUGUUUAAAUUCCACCACUAGUUCCAAUGAAUGCAUCUGACUUUGCAUUUCGCAGCUUUUUAACGACAUCUUAAAAUCUCAACAUUAGAUAUUACCGUAUAUGUAUAAUUUCUAAAGUAGAAGAAAAAUGUGUUCGUAUGUAUUAAUUCUAUUUUUGUAUAAAGCCGUAUCCUUCCAUUCGAUUGUGCCGAAUAUUUGCUAUAUGGAUGAGCACCAAAGAUUUGUGAAGCAUUAGAUCUUUUGGCGAUUAUGUUACGGGCAAAAGCCUAUGAAGAUUGUUUUGAAUAUUUGCGCCAAAUUCCAAAGAAAUUUAGUAACGCACAAUACUUUUCCUAAUUCCAAUACACUCUUUAAAUAUCCGGAUUUUGCCCGUAAUAUAUCCAAUUAAGA